AUGGCUGUCGUGGCGCUGCUGCUAAUAAGGAAACGAGGGAAGAAGAAUGUACAACCCCUUCCUGAGAAUUUACUAGGCGUCUCUUGGAGGCGAAUUUCGUACGUAGAACUCGAGCGAGGAACAAGUUCUUUUAGCGAAACGAAUCUACUUGGAAGAGGAAGCUUUGGUUCGGUAUAUAAAGGGAUACUUUCUGAUGGAUUAAAUCUUGCGGUGAAACUGUUCAAUCUAGAGUUAAAAGGAGCUAGCUAUAGCUUCAAUACUGAAAGUGAAAUUCUGAGCUCCCUUCGCCACAGGAACUUAGUUCAAAUAAUUGGCUGUUGCGUCAAUGCAGAAUUUAGAGCUUUGAUUCUUGAAUACAUGUCAAAUGGAAGCCUAGAGAAAUGGCUGCAUUCCGACAACUAUUGCUUGGAUCUGCUGCAUAGUUUGCAGAUAGCAAUAGAUGUGGCGUUAGCCUUGGAAUACCUUCAUCAUGGGCAUACGUUUCCUGUUGUCCAUUGUGAUGUAAAGCCAAGCAACGUGCUGCUCGAUGAAGAUAUGACUGCUCGUGUUGGUGAUUUUGGCAUUUCCAAGCUCUUUGAUGGAGGAGAGGCUAUGGUCCAAACUCAAACCGUAGCCACUAUUGGUUAUGCCGCACCAGAAUAUGGAUCGGAAGGGAAAGUUUCAACGAAAGGGGAUGUGUAUAGUUACGGGAUACUGUUGUUGGAGAUGUUCACAGGUAAGAAACCGACAGAUGAUAUGUUCGACGGGAAGAUGGGCCUGAGGGAGUGCGUGAGCGAGGCAUUACAAGAAAAUGCAGUAAGUGAAAUUGUGGCUUCUGGUUUACUGUCAAGAGAUGAUGAAGAUUUCUCAAACAAGGAAAUUUGUGUGUCGUCCAUCUUUGAAUUGGCUAUGAAAUGCUUAGCCUUUGAAGCUGCGGAAAGAAUUAACAUGGUACAAUUAGUAGCUUCUCUCAACAAGAUCAAAGCCAAAGUUACAACAUAA